UAAUGGAAUUUUUAGGGAUAGAAAACUUGCAAAUGCGUACUGACGCCCAUAGAGAACACCUCUCGUGCAAGGGAGAAACAACAAUACCGUAAAACAAUACCAUAAAUCGAUCAAGGGAAUAAAAAUAAACGUUCGAGGAAAUACUUGUGCGAUCAAAUGCGUCGUUUGGACACCCUUCACUGGGUGUAGUAGGAUGGGAACAAGCCUUUACCCAGACGAGGAUAUCCAAGGAAUAUCACGCAUUAUGAUGAAGAAAGACAUGAGUUUGAACCUAGACGACCAGAAUAGCUCGAACCUCAAGCCAGAUUUGAGAGAUGCCGAGGGAAUUCUUAAUUCGCCCGAUUUGGGGCUCCUAAAACUGGCUUCUCCAGAGCUGGAAAGGCUGAUUAUCCAGUCUAACGGGAUGGUGACCACCACACCGACCUCGCAGUUCGUCUACCCGAAGUCGGUAAGCGACGAGCAGGAGUUCGCGGAGGGAUUCGUCAAAGCCCUGGAGGACCUUCACAAGCAGAACCAGCUGAACGGUGGACCGUGUGUUCCACCGACGCUUAACCGACUCACAAGCAGCUCUAACCUCGCCUUGCCCACGGACCUGCCCGUGUAUACGAACUUAAACGCGUACGGAAGUACAACGGUUAACUAUUCAACGGACACGAUUCCGUUCCCUCCGCCGCCGCCCGCGCACCCAAUGGCGACGCAACAACCGCAAAAGGACGAACCGCAAACCGUUCCGGACAUGCAAAGCUUCGGAGACAGUCCUCCGCUCUCCCCCAUCGACAUGGACACGCAAGAGCGCAUAAAGGCCGAGAGAAAGAAGCUGCGCAACCGGAUCGCCGCCUCCAAAUGCCGCAAGAGGAAACUCGAGCGGAUUUCCCGGUUGGAAGACAAAGUGAAAUCUCUGAAGAACCAGAACACGGAGCUCGCGUCCACGGCGAGCGUGCUGAGAGAGCAAGUGGCGCAGUUAAAACAGAGAGUGAUGAACCACGUCAAUAACGGCUGUCAGUUGCUGCCUAAUCAAGUUCAAGCUUAUUAAAAAAAAAGACAGUUGGGAACUUAAUUGGGACAAACUACUUCGUCAUAACUGCGUCUUUAACGGACAGCUCUGUCGCUUAGUCACGUGAUACUACCCUGUCAAUCAUCUUGUCAGUUAAAAUCCUCCACAUUCAAUUUUUAUUUAAUUUCCUACCGUUUGGGAGAGAAACGUUGUCACGUUGAUAUGUCGUGGGUCUUUC